AUGUUCCAAUCAUCUUUGUUUCCUAGAGUUCUCCUAUGUAAUAUUAGAAUUAAAUGUCUUGUCUCAAUUUUAUGGAGCUAUGUUUUCCAUUAUAUGAAAUGUUGCAUCAUCACUCUUGCAAGUUAUUAUUACUCUAAUCCUGAACUUGCAGUGAAGCAGGACUUAGACAAUAGCAUUCAAAGUGGUGUGAGACUGUGCAAAGAAGAAAUCAUUGAUGUGAUGGAAAAGCUGGGAUUACGAGAGGAGCUCGAUGGGGUUGCUAUAGAGGAAUUUGGUGAUGAGGAAGAGAUUAGUAAUAUGUUUGAAAAUGGGGUUAGUUUGGAAGAGGUGGAAGAAGCUUUCAAUGUGUUUGAUGAAAACAAAGAUGGGUUCAUAGAGGCUGUUGAGUUGCAAAGGGUGUUGUGUUGUUUGGGAUUUCAGAGAGACUUUGUGGAAUGUCAGAAAAUGAUUAAUGCUGUUGAUCAAAAUGGAGAUGAAUUAAUUGAUCUCCAUGAGUUUGUGAAGUUGAUGGAACUGAGUUUCUUUUAA